UUUCGGUUUCCUCCAUUCUACUUGACUUCUCUGUCAGUCAACAGCUCAUCGUCCCGGGAACAAAAACUGAUCAAAAUCAUGAAGAUUACAUUCUGUGCAGUGGCUGUGGCCCUAAUGCUGUGUACUGUGGACUCCAAAGAAUCUGUGCCCAAGGUGCAGGUGUACAGCAGCAAGCCGGCAAAGUUUGGCGAGGACAACACCCUGAUCUGCCUGGUGCAAGCCUUCCACCCCCCAGAGAUCACCAUCGAGCUGCUGAAGAACGGCGCGGUCCUCCCCAAUGCCAAUCAGACCGACCUGUCCUUCGACAAGACCUGGCACUUCCACCUGUCCAAGUUUGCCGACAUCUCUCCCGCCAAGGAAGAGUCGUAUGCGUGCCAGGUCACACACAUCGGCAAACGGACAGUCCACGCCUGGGAACCCAACAUGUAGACGUCAGGCGUCGGUCAUCCGGAGCCAUAAAUCUGGUUUCAGCCUUUCAAGGAAACUUCUAAUCCUGCACUACUCUUCAAUAGAAAGACAAUGCUUUAAUCUUCCUUGCAACAAUAUGAUUUGAUUAGAUUAGAUUAAGAUUUACCUUCUUAUUUCUUGUGAAUCAAGGGGUCUAGAUGUGGGAUACUUUAUGGGUACAUUCCAAAAUAUGGGGAAAUUAUUUUACCCUGCAAUAACCACUUUUCUACAGUUACAAAACUUGAUUCCUAAAUAAAUGUUUAUGUUGUGUCUCUUAGUACUGAAAUUUGACAAAGGAUAUUAAAGUAAUAUAAUAAAUCUUAUAUUAUGUAUAAGAUUUAUUAAAUCAGAUAAAUAAUAAUAUGUGGAAACUGUAUUCGAUUUCCUUUUAUUUCCUUCCUUGUAUUAAUAUAACCAAUAAUAAAAAAUACUAAAUUGUUCUUGAUUAUGUUAUUUUAAUGUAAUGUUAUGAUUCAGUAAAGAUGAGUUAAAAGUAAAAAUAUAGGAACAUCAAUUAUAUUUGUAAUUGUAAAUUUGCCUUAAACCAAAAUGUUGUCAGCAUAAGAAUGCUGCUUAGCAACAGUCCCUGGAAAUAUUUGAUUGGUUGCUUUCACUUUGGCUUUGUAGAGGUGUGGUCUUGUAAUAUGAUCACCAACUGUCGUUUGCUUUUGUUGUGGUUACCCAUAUCCGUGUUUGAAUCUGACUGCGUAUGAAAAUCAGAAUGAGAUAAAGGUUUGUACCUAAACAAGGAA